AUGUUGGUUAACAUUACAAUGCGAAGAAAAUUCAUUGCACAAUUUCAUAACAAUAUAAGAACUAUAUCGGCUCGAAAGUUAAGCACGAAUAACGAUGAACAAUUUAAGGGUAAAUACGACGUAAUUAUUGCUGGUGGGGGCAUGGUAGGUUGUGCUCUGGCUUGUGCUAUGGGUAAAUAUCCCCUUCUAUCAAAACUCAAAGUUCUGUUAUUAGAAGGCAGCCCUAACAAGAAGUUUGAGCUAAAACCUGAAUAUAGUAAUAGAGUUGUAGCAUUAAAUCCAAGUACUAAGUCAUUAAUGAACUCACUCAAUGUAUGGCAGCAUGUGGAAGAAAUGCGACUUCAACCAGUCCGGCAUAUGCAAGUAUGGGAUGCUUGCUCAGAUGCAAUGAUUACAUUCAGUAGCACAGACAUACUUGACGAUGAUGUUGCAUAUAUAGUUGAAAAUGAUGUCCUCCUACAUGCAAUAAAUACAGAGUUAAGUAAAUCUGCAACUAAUGUAGAAACAGUGUAUCAAGCCAAAAUAGCAGGAUAUGAUCUAUCCAAAUCUGAAACAGAUGUUAAUACAGUGAAAAUGAGCAAUGGUGAUACAUAUUCAUGUGAUUUAUUGGUGAGUAAAUAG